AUGGGCGAUGUAGGCACUGGAGACGGGACUCUGGUCCCUCGAAUAGCAGAUCUCCUGCGAACACCAGAAGAUCUUGAAAAGAUCCCAGCGUUGAAGCUAGAGUUCUCGAGAAAGAAGGGCGAUAUCGAUGCCAGGUUACGAGAGGGACUCGGAGAACAUCUCGAAUCAACGCAGUCUGGGAUGUCAACGCUGGCUGAAGGACAAAAGCUCGUUGGACAGAUCAAGGAUGAAAUGAAGAGCAUUGCCGACCUGUGUGAACAGGCUCAAGCUAUACGGCAGGACUUCCCCCAGAUUGAUUACCUGGCAAGGGUACAUCGCAAUUUCGAGGCGACCAAGGCCAUGCAAUCUGGUCUUGCGACUUUCAACGAUGAUGUUGCCGAGGUGGAGAGACUACUCGUGGACGACGAGAAGGAUCUGGAGAACCAACCCGGCUUACUGGAGGCGCACAUGAAGCUGACCAGGUUACGAGAUUUCCGAGACGAGGCAAUGUACCAGAUCAACAGAGCAAAGGACACAAGCCUGCAACAGACCUUGGAGGAGUGGUUCCAGGGCCUUGAGCCAGUUAUCGACUUGUUUGACGUACAUGUUGGGCAAACAUGCAUGAACUUGAUCAACCUCGUUCAGGCUGGUAACCCAGGAGUCAUUGUGAGGCUGGCAAUCGUGAUUGCCGCUGAAGAGAAGAAUGAUGAGAGAGUCAGAGCGUUAAAAGAUGCGCGAAAGGAUCAUCAAGACCUUGCCGACAAAUUCACCUCCUUCACUAUCAGCCCUAAGAUGGAAAGAGGCUACAAAGAGAAAUUCUUAAGUUGCAUAGAAGCAUAUUGCAAGGCCCAGUUCGAACAGACCAGGGACAAGUUCAUGGAGGAGCCGUCCAAACUUGAGAAACAGCUGAAGUGGUUUUUCAAUGAUCUUUUUGUAUGUCAGCAGGGUAUGCAGAACCUGUUCCCCAAGAAGUGGAAAAUAUACAAGACCUACGUCGACAUAUAUCACCGUCUCAUGCACGACUUUCUUAUCUCAUUCGUGGACUCGGAAGACCUUCGACCCCCAAAUAUGCUUGCUAUUGUGCACUAUGUAGAGGAAUACUAUAAGAAGAUGAAGAAGCUGGGAAUACCUCCGUCAGACCUUACACCACAUGUACUGGACUCGCGGGAAGGCGAUCUCGUGCGCGAAUGGCGAAAUCUGAUCACCACCACCCUCUCCGAAUGGAUGGACAGGAUGUACAAUACCGACAAGAACUCAUUUCUCAGCCGCGCUGACAAUGCUCUCGAUCAAGACGCAAACGGCCAUUUCCGCACCAAGACCCUGGGCGACAUGUGGCGCAUGCUGCGAGAGCAGACCAUGUCAGCCGGGGACUCUGAACGAGAAGACGUGGUAGAAGGCGUCGUAAGCGCAAUGUUCACAGCGCUCAAGACAAGACAGCAGCAGUGGGAGAAGCUCGUGAAUGACGAGGUCAUCAAAUUCCGCAACCCCACCCCUGAGCUGUCCGACGGACUGCAACUCCUGCAGGACUGGCUCGUAGCUAUCGCCAACGACCAGAUCAGCUGCAUCGACGACGCCGACGCCGACGCCGGAGACCCCGGCGCCCAACUCGGCUUCGUCACGCGCUUCAAGAACGAUUUCACGCCGCUGGUGUCGUCGAAAUUCAUGACCAGCGUCGCCGCGGCGGAACUCGACAGCCUCCGCGACGGCUACGUCGACCUGGCCACGCACUGCAUCCACCGCUUCGUCAGCCUGAUGUUCCUGGUCGACUUCCGCGCCACCAUGUCGGACUUCUUCGUGGCGGGCAAGUGGUACGAGCAGAUGGCCAUGAAGCGCAUCUGCUCGACCUUCGAGGACUACAUGGGCGACUACUCGGCGGCGCUGCACCCGACGCUGGUGGACAUCCUGGUGGAGGAGAUGUCGGACGCGCUGGUGGUGCAGUACCUGGGCGCGAUCCGGCGCAACAAGGGCGUCCGGUUCCGGCGGCAGGACGCGUUCGCGCCCAAGUUCCGCGACGACGUGGUGGCGGCCUUCGACUUCUUCGCGCGCUACCCGGACACGUUCGAGGUGGCGGUCAAGCCCAAGUGGAAGCCGGUCGACUUCACCGUGCGCCUGCUCGAGGCGGACAAGGCCAGCGUGCCGGCCGUGUACGAGCAGUUCAAGAGCGAGUUCUGGGACCUGCAGCUCAGCUGGGUCGAGGCCGUGCUGAAGACGCGCGACGAGUGGGAUCGCGCCAUGAUCAGCGCGGUCAAGGCCAAGGCCGCCGCGGUCUACGUGGAGAGGGGCAUGGAGACGAUCAUGGGCAAGGUCAAAUGA